AUGUCCCUCUACUACGACGCCGUGGGCAUCCUAACCGCCCCAACAACAGGCGGCUCCUUCAAAUCCCGCAUCUACAACGCGCGCACGCUGAAAGCCUCCCCCGCGCAAGUCUACGCUCUGAUCAUCGAAGCCUCCAAAUGGGACAUCCUGCUGAAGGAAGUCAUCGAGAAUGCCGGAAUUCUGAAACUUGAACCGAAGCUAACCCCCAUCCUCGCCCUCCUCCUCGUCCACGACCACCUCCUCGCCAAAUCCGGCAUCGCCGCAAAAGCCACCCACCCACUCCGCCAAGCCAUCGAGCGCCACAAGACCCGGUUACGCGCUGAGUUCACCAAGGCGCGCGUCCGGCGCGGUUGUGUCUCUGUUGAUGCGCUGCGCGAGGCCGUGCUUUGUGAGAAAUCUGGUGGGGGUAGCGGUAAUGUGGGAGCGGUGUAUCCGCGCUGGGUACGGAUUAAUAAUGUGCGUACGACGCUGAAGCAGCAGCUUGAGACGACGUUUAAGGGGUACGAGGUUGUGCACUCUCUAAAGGAGCUUGGGACUUCGGUUCCUAAGGGGCGGAGGCUACAACAGUCGCAAAGGCAGGAAGGCGAGGGGAGGAAGAUUUAUCUGGAUGCGCAUGUACCGGAUCUGGUGGCCGUGGCGCAGGGGGUGGAUUUGACGUCCACUCCCGCGUACAAGCGUGGCGAGAUCAUUUUGCAGGAUAAGGCGUCGUGUUUUCCGGCGUAUCUGCUUAUUGGGGAUGGGAAUUGGGGUGGUGGGGAUUUGUUGGAUGGGUGCGCUGCGCCGGGGAAUAAGACUACGCAUAUGGCUUCUUUGCUUUGUAGGGGUCUCUCGGAGGCGGGAGCGGGGGGGAGGGGGGCUGAAAGGAAAAAAAGGGUCUGGUCGAUGGAUCAGUCCCAGGUGCGCGCGAAGACCCUGCAGAAGAUGGUGACUACCGCUGGGGCCGAUUCUCUGGUUACCGUGCUACCCGGUCAGGACUUUCUGGCGCUGGAUCCCGAGGAUGAGCGUUUCGAGAAUGUGACUGGCUUGUUGCUUGAUCCGAGCUGCUCGGGAAGUGGUAUCCUUGGUCGUGACGAUGUGCCCACGCUUGUGUUGCCUGAGGCUCCUGCCAGCGGGGCCAGGGCUGAGAAGACGCAGGGUAAGAAGAGGAAGCGGAGGCAGGAUGACGAUCCGGGUCGUGAAGGGACUGAAGGGAAGAAGGCUGCUUCUGAUGACGAGGAAGCCUUGGCUACCGAUGAGAAUGAUCUGCCGGCGAAUGGGCAUAUGGGCCCCGAGCGCUUGCAGAAGCUCUCUAACCUGCAGACGCGGAUCGUCGAGCAUGCGCUGCACUUCCCUGCUGCUACGAGAGUCUCGUAUAGUACGUGCUCUGUGCAUAUGGUGGAGAAUGAGGCCGUCGUCGCGAGGAUUCUCGCGUCGGAUGUGGCGAAGAGGCGCGGGUGGAGGAUCAUGCGUCGCGAUGAGCAGCCCGAGGGCAUGAAGAAGUGGAGGCAUCGCGGUGUGAGGAGUGAGAAGGCUGGUGGUGCUGUUGCUGGUGUCGAGGUACAGCCAGUGGGUGAUCUAGGUCUCUCGGAUGAGGUUCUGGAGGGCUGUCUGCGCUGUUGGCCGGGCGAUGAUGAAGGCACCGGGGGGUUCUUCAUCGCUGGAUUUGUGCGAGAUGGGGAUGAUGAGCCAGUAGCGGAGGAAACUAGCGGCCAUGCUGAGGUUCACGACGAGGUGGACCAAGAUGAUGAGGACCAAGGCGACAAGGACCAAAGUGAUGCGGCCCAAAACGACGACGACGACGAUGAGAACGAUGAGAACGACGACGAGGAUGAAUGGGGUGGAUUCUCGGAUUAG